CUGAGCUCUCUUUGGUGAAUGGCGGGUCGACAUUCACAGGACUUAGCAAAUCUUAACAGAAAAUCUUGUGCGGUGUAUGUUGACCGUGUGUUACUGUUGUAUUUAGUUGUUCUUGUAUAAGUGGUAGAAAGUGUCUCCAAUUUUCUGUUUCCAAGGCAACGGAGCACAGUUUGCGAUAUGGUAGCAAGAGUGAUAGUGGUUUCUUUCGUCAUUUUCGGCAUUGCUAGUGCUGGCGUGUUUGUCCAAGACGCCCCGCAAUGCCCAGAACAACAUGGUGUUCAAGCUUAUGCCCAUCCAGAAGCUUGUAAUAUUUUUUUCCUUUGCACUAAUGGGACUUUGACAGUGGAAACCUGUGAAAAUGGAUUACUGUUUGAUGGCAAGGGCGCAGUUCACAAUCACUGCAACUACAAUUGGGCUGUACACUGCGGAGAAAGAAAAGCUGAUCUAACUCCAAUCAGCACCCCCGGAUGCGAAUAUCAGUUCGGUAUCUACCCAGACUCCCAUGAAUGUUCAACUAAUUACAUUAAGUGUGCUUAUGGAGAGCCUCAUCCUCAAGCCUGUGAACCUGGCUUGGUCUAUGAUGAAAAAAUUCACGGAUGUAACUGGCCGGACCUAUUGCUCGAAACCUGUAACCCUGAAGCCGUCGUCGGAUUUAAGUGCCCCACCAAAGUACCAUCUGGAAGUCCAGCAGCCCGCUUCUGGCCUUAUCCGAGAUUCGCAGUUCCUGGAGACUGCCACCGACUCAUAACCUGUGUUAACGGCCAUCCCAGGUUGAUCACCUGUGGCGAAGGAAAAGUUUUGGACGACAAAACUCUAACCUGUGAGGAACCUGAAAAUGUGCCACAAUGUUAUAACUCCUUGAGAAAAUAAUUUAUUUUAUUUCAAUUCAAUAUUGAUUAGUUUCGAGGUCCUUUCUGGAUUGCGUUUGACAUGUUUCAACAUUUCUAUGGUCUUUUUAACGUUAUUCAAAUGAGAUUCCAACAUACUUUACUACAUAGUUUUGACUACUAUUAUUUUCUACUUUUAUAUAAAACUGGCAGUAUUCAAUAUAUCAUUGUUUGUAAAUAAAGAUCAUUUUCCUACAA